AUGGCUACACCCAGCAACAUGGAAUUCUUCCCAAGGAACCUCUUUGAGCCCGCCAGAGUUGGACCAUUGGGUUUACAAUCUCUACCCUACUUCCCGAAACAGUUAGCAUCGCGUUCCAUGCCAACCCUUUUGUCGGAUACCUCAAUGGACAUGGCCACGGCGAAACGGGACUCUCAUCGUCGAACAGAAGAAGAUAUAAAGCCGAGGACCACCCCUGCUCUUGCUCCUGACAACUCUCCCCGCAACGUAUCACUCGAGGUCGAAAGAUCUCUCAGACACCCCUCUCAAACUUCUUCAAGGCGCUUUCUCAAGAUAUUGCCCAAGUCCACUUCCCACGCCAUUUUCAAGAGAGAAUCUCCAUUUAAACUCUGUUUCACGGAUACCGACCCCAAGCCUCAUUACACAACACCGAACAACGACACAGCCAACAAAAUGACCACAAGCUGGUAUUGCAGCCGCGACGGCAUCCUGGACCUUUUCCAGGACCUCAAUCUCACAAACGUUGAAACCUCCAUCGACAAGUCAGACGUAAGUCUCUUUCGACUCGUGAACGAUCAGGCUCCAAAUCUGCCACGACACAUCCUUAAGUGGGGUGAAGCCAAGAACAACGACAUUGUCAUUUGGAGCCUUCAGGAAGCCCGCUCGUCAAAUACCGACCGCAAGAUCCAUAUUACCGUUCCCACCACUCGCCGCCGAGGCAUCCGUGGCGAGGUGUGCAAGCUGAUGGCCGACUUGGACCGUGGGAAGGGAAGGGGGCGAGAGUUGGCCAAGAGUUUCAAAGUCAUCAAGGUCAAGGAGGAAGCACGUGAGGCGGUUUGGCACCUCGUCAGGCGCCCUGAAGCAAAGAGCCCCACAAUCCCUAGAAAGCGAGUUGAGGCUUGGGUGGCUUCGGUCGCUACCUAG